AUGGACUCCAGCUCAAGUACUAUACCCUCGCCUCGACCAACCGAAGGAUCUGCUCAUCGUCGACGACCGUCUCUCACUCUCUCACCACAUCUUGCUGCUUCUCUUUCAGUACCAGUGCCCUCACGUCACGGCACAAUCUCAAACAGAUCGCCUAGAUCAGCACACGAGACGCUCUCCGCCUCGUCCUCGCUGAGAAGACGGUCGAAAGGGUCAUUCAGCUCUCUCAGUCUUAGCGGAUCGCUAUCGCUCGGAUCCGCUCUGCUAUCUUCAUCAGCUGACGUGUUUGGGGAGGAUGAUGAGGAUCCUAUCGAUGUGGAUGCUGGUGAUUGGUUGAGCGUCUCUGCUUCAACGAUAUCGUUCGCUGAAGAGGAAAAGGUGGUGAGAAUUGCAGGAGCUACACGGGUUGAAGAGGCAGUCACACUGUUGCUCGAGCAAGGGACGCAUUAUCUUCUCGUUGAACCACAUGACGAGCAGAAAAGCCAGGCCUUCUUCGACGAUACACCAAGGGGAAAGGAUUAUCGUAGGAGACUUGUGCAAUAUUUCAGGAAAGAAUCCAUAUUACUUGGUAAAUGCGAAUGCCCCAUUGCGCACGUUCGUACAGCUUUAUAG